AUGUAUGACAAGGACAUGGAGACUGACGGGUACACCGGGCCCGGAAAGGUAGCCAAUGUUCUAGCUGAGUCUCAGGGUGACAGGAGGGACAUCCGGGUUCUGGAUGUGGCAGCGGGAACUGGACUUUGUGGUGAAGAGUUGUCCAAGCUUGAUUUCUGUAAUGUAGACGCCUUAGAUGCUAGUCAGGACAUGUUAGAUGUUGCCAAGACCAAGAACGUCUACAAGAACUUCAUCAAGGAAUUUCUGGGAUCGAACCGACUUGGCAUUGAUGAUGACAGCUAUGAUGCUGUGAUUGGUAGUGGUCUGUUUGCUACCGGUCACGUCAAAUCCGACUGUUUGGAACAACUUAUUCGCAUUGUCAAACCCGGUGGGGCUAUCUGCCUCGCCAUCAGAGAAAACCGCCUGCAAACCAACGAGGGUUGCAAAGAUCUGGAAUCCCGGAUGGCGGCGCUUCAGAGCGAAGGCCUGUGGCAGCAGGUGUCCAGGGAGAUUUUUCCCGCCUACUCAUCUGGCGACGAUGGCGUAGUCUACCUCUAUACAGUGCUGUAG